AUGCUGCUCCGUGUCCUCCCUGUGCUGCUGAUGUUGCUCUCGUUUCUCCUCUGGGAUAGCCCAGUUGCAGCCUCCAUCCAAGAGCAGUACUGCGAGAGCCUGCCGCCAGUCACCAACCACACAGGUCCCCAGUGCAACGCCUCGGUAGACCUGAUCGGCACGUGUUGGCCCCGGAGUGCGGUGGGACAGCUGGUGGCUCGCCCCUGCCCCGAAUAUUUCUAUGGUGUGCGGUACAACACCACGAAUAAUGGCUACAGGGAAUGCCUGGCUAACGGGAGCUGGGCAGCACGGGUCAACUAUUCCCAGUGCCAGGAGAUCCUCAGCGAAGAGAAGAAGAGCAAGCUGCACUACCACAUCGCCGUCAUCAUCAACUACCUGGGGCACUGUGUCUCGCUGGGGGCCCUUCUCGUGGCCUUCGUCCUCUUCAUGCGCCUGCGGAGCAUCCGGUGCCUGCGGAACAUCAUCCACUGGAACCUGAUAACAGCCUUCAUCCUACGCAACGCCACGUGGUUUGUGGUGCAGCUCACGAUGAACCCAGAGGUGCAUGAGAGCAACGUGGUCUGGUGCCGCUUGGUCACUGCUGCCUACAAUUACUUCCACGUCACCAACUUUUUCUGGAUGUUCGGCGAGGGCUGCUACCUGCACACGGCCAUCGUGCUCACCUACUCCACGGACAAGCUCCGCAAGUGGAUGUUCAUCUGCAUCGGCUGGUGUAUCCCCUUUCCCAUCAUCGUCGCCUGGGCCAUUGGGAAGCUGUACUACGACAACGAGAAGUGCUGGUUUGGGAAACGAGCAGGAGUUUAUACCGACUACAUUUACCAAGGUCCCAUGAUCCUGGUGCUUCUGAUCAACUUCAUCUUUCUAUUCAACAUUGUCCGAAUCCUCAUGACGAAGCUCCGAGCUUCAACCACAUCAGAGACAAUCCAGUACAGGAAAGCAGUCAAGGCCACGCUGGUGUUGCUGCCCUUGCUGGGAAUCACCUACAUGCUGUUCUUUGUCAACCCAGGGGAGGAUGAGAUCUCCAGGAUCGUCUUCAUCUACUUCAAUUCCUUUCUGGAGUCCUUCCAGGGCUUCUUUGUCUCCGUCUUCUACUGCUUCUUGAACAGCGAGGUCCGGUCAGCUGUACGGAAGCGGUGGCACCGAUGGCAGGACAAGCACUCCAUCCGCGCCCGUGUGGCUCCGGCCAUGUCCAUCCCCACCUCCCCGACUCGCGUCAGCUUCCACAGCAUCAAACAGUCCACGGCUGUCUGAGCCAGGAGCGAGCUGCCCUACGGG